AUGAAGCAUCACAGCAACGCUCGUGCCAAAACACCGAAGGCAGUCGCCCGAGGACGCAACGCGACCCCCGCUGCGCGCUUCAAGCAACGCGCGCGGCCGCAGUCGCGGCGGUGCGUUGGCAGCCAAGACAUCGCCCAGCCGUUCAGCCCGCCAGAGGACUGGCACGAGCCGGUCGGCGACGGCUCUCCCUACCGCGUGAAGGUGCAGGACCCCGGCAAGGGCUACCGCCACGUGGUGACCCCGCAGCAGGUCCGCGACCGCCUGGCCGAGCUCCCCGAGCGGUUUCUCGAAGGCCUGGAGCUUGUGCAGCUGUCGCGGGUUACCCGGAAGAAGCAGAGUUUUCCCUGCUACGGCAUGCAGUGGGGCGCCACGCUCUACCUCUACCCGCUGGAAGAGUCGCUGGUCGAGACCUUCUACUCGCCGCCGGGGCCGGACACGGUGAAUGAGUCGAAGAUGUACGGCGGCCGUUGGGCCCAGCCCGAGCCGGGCGUGUGGACCCUGACCUGGACGGAGGAGACCGUCCGCGACUACUACCUCAACAACAUCCUGAUCCACGAGCUCGGCCACCUGCUGGACGAGCGGAACUCGUCUUACACGGACCGGGAACGGUACGCCGAGUGGUUCGCCAUCCACUACGGCUACCUGGCCACCGGCGGCCGGCAGAGCCGUCGGCCACGGCAAAAGGUGCGACGCCGCCACCACGCGGGCUAA